GAGGAGCUGAAGCUCAUUGCGAAAACAAGUGCCUGAUUCUUGCAGUAGCCUCCUGUGCACACAGCAGCACAGUCCCUUGUGCUGCUGCUCAUUCGGACAAACAUUUCCUCCUGCUGUAAGUACAUGGAUAGAUUUACGUGUAACAGCUGCAGCCAACAUGAGAUGCCUGAAGGAGAGUGGACAGAUGCUGAUGCUAGAGUGGCGACUUCAGAAGACAUCAGAAGAGAAACAUUUAAUAUCCCACAGCAAAUAUCAAUCUGUGGAAGCAAUACUUCAGAGAGGGAGACAUUAAAACCUGAUCUGUCAGAAAGGCUGGAGCAGCUGGGAAAAGAAUUUAGUGCAUCUUCUGGAAGCAUCAUCCAAAAAGAGAAAGAAAACUAUGAGAAGCUCCAAGAGAGGAUCAGAGAUCUAGAGGCACGAAACGAAAAGCUCUUGUCUAAAGCACUGAGCAUGCACAAGCAGUCAGAGAACUUGAAUGACCCUUUCCGCUUGUCUGCUGUGCUGGAUAUGUAUAGGAUGCUUAAGCUACACGAAUGGGGAAAAUGCUGGAGCAGCUCAGCCCGUUUGUCCUAUCCAAAGGCCAGCAACAUAAUUAAGAAGCUGUUUGAUGCCUGUGAGAGAGAUAUUGAGAAGAGAAAAACUGGCACAUUUGAAAUCCUUGGCUUUCCACUUUCACAUGAUGCUGCGAAUACCUGCAAACAAGAGCUGAUGCCAGAUAUUAUGAAACUCUUAAGAUAUGGCUAUUAUCUUAACGACUCGGGCAUUAACAAAAUUAUUAAGCAUGCUGAUGUUCCUCUGAAAAAUAUCGAACAAGAGCAAUUUGCAGUGAAGUGCUGUAGAGUUUUCUGUUUGCUGCUUCUUCAGGACUCACCAGUUAAGGCUGUGUGGAACAUACAUGAAUGCUCUCUUCAAUAUUUAGAGCACGUGGACCAGCAAGACUUAAAGUACUGUAGAGCAGAGCUUCGAAUUCUAUGGCCCAUGCUGAUGAAUGAAGUAAAUGUCAUUGAGAGAGGUGUAGUGUGGAAUUAAAAGUAACAAGGCUUUAAUGUCAAGCUUAUACUUACAUGACCAUAAGAAGAUUAAAUAGCGGUUGUACAAUUUGUUGCUUUUCUUUCUCCUGCCUGCUUUUCAUAUCUAGUUAAAUGUUUCUGGCUUGGAACACCAAAAAUAAACUAAUAUCAAACACCUAUUAAAAAGCAAAAGUGUU